AUGGAUAUCGACUUUUCUUUAUACUUGGUCACUGGUCGAGAGCUUCUUCCACCUGGAAAGGAUUUCUAUGAAACUUUGGAACAGGCGCUUCAGGGCGGUGUUACAGUCGUACAGAUUCGAGAAAAAAGUUUGGAUACAGCCGAGUUUCUAGAGAUCUGUCAGAGGUCAAAAUCAAUCUGCGACCGCUAUAAUGUUCCACUUCUUGUUAACGAUCGUGUGGACAUAGCGUUAGCAGUGGGUGCCAAUGGGGUACAUGUUGGACAAACCGAUAUGCCGAUUGCAAUUGCUCGCAAGCUCCUCCCGCCGAACACUGUCAUUGGAACUUCUUGCAAUAAUGUUGAAGAAGUGAAAAAAGCACUCUCCGAUGGCGCAGAUUACAUCGGGAUUGGAGCGGUAUGGGCGACAAAAACAAAGACAUUGGACAAACCGGUCAUUGGGGUUAGGAAUGUUGGUGCUAUGCUCGAGGUGCUGGAUGGUACUUCAGUCCAGGCCGUUGCAAUCGGAGGCAUAAAGUCAAAGAAUCUCCUAAGGACUCUCUAUGGCUCGGUAUCUCGCACAAACCAUUCGCUCGAUGGGGUAGCUGUUGUUUCUGAAAUCAUGACUUCAGACAACCCCAAGGAAGCUGCUGCAUAUCUCCGUAAUAUCCUACGCGAGUUUCAAUCCGGAUCGUCUAUUCAACUCGGCCUCUGCACUCAACCAAAUACCCAUACUUCCGAAAGCAUUACAAGGGAAAUUGUGGGGCUUAUGGUACUCAUGAAAAAGAUCAGCCCACUAAUCCAUCAGAUCACUAACAAUGUUGUUAUCGCUCAAUCGGCGAAUACCACAAUCUCGAUAGGGGCAAGUCCAAUCAUGGCGACUAGUGCUCAAGAGAUGUCGGAUUUAUCCCAUAUUUGUGACGCUCUUCUAGUAAACAUUGGAACAUUAACUCAAGACGCGUACUUGGGAAUGCUGGAAGCGGGUGUUUGCAUGAACGCUAAACGAAAACCAAUAGUUUUCGACCCGGUCGGAGUUGGUGCUACUGCUUUUCGAAAAAGCGCAGUUGAUGACCUACUGAACACAUGGCAAGCGAGUGUAAUAAAGGGGAAUGCUGGAGAACUUGCAGCUUUGAGCGGAAUCACUGAGGUAGAAUCUAAAGGUGUGGACAGCGUCGGGACCGGCUUCAAGGAUCCGGUCACCUUCAUACGGAACCUCGCGAAGAGGGAAAGGUGUAUCAUAGCACUUACCGGAAAAACUGACUAUGUCUCUGAUGGAAAGUCGGUUGCUAUCCUUAAGAACGGGCACCAAUAUCUCGGCGAGAUAACUGGGUCGGGCUGCAUCACUGGGUCUUGCAUAGCAGCGUAUUGUGCGCUAGCAUCUCGUCUCUCCGAGAGCAAACCCUUGAAAGAAGAUAAAUUGGUCAGAGGAGAUGUAUUUGUGGGGACCAUAUCAGGGAUCCUACUACUCAAUGUUGCGGCUGAGAUAGCAGCGGCCAGAGACGACGUACGGGGUCCUGGAACCUUUUUUCCAGCAUUGCUGGAUGAGCUAGCGAACUUGACACCUCAAGUAGUCAGUGAACGGGUAAGGGUAGAACUGGCUUAA